AUGAUAAAGCAUCCCGGUGAAUUGAUUGGUCAAAUAUCACAUGACUUUGAUGACCAUCCGCAGAGUCAAACGAACCAUAUAUCUACUAUUAAUCUGGUGAGGUUCAUUGACAAAGGAUACCCAUCGUCUGUUGCGGAAUAUGGCGUCGAUUUAGGAGCCCAAGGGCGAUCAGAUGUAAGCGAAUUAUUGGAAGCGGGUUGGAAAGGAUUUAAGUCGGAUGGUCGCAUAAAGAAAGACAAAAUUAGUAAAAAGCUUAACAUGACAUCUAAAAUUAUCACUCCUAAAAAUGUAAAGGAUAUUUGUAAAAUGUUUAACAUUCCAAAGAAUGUAGGCGUGUUAAAGAUUGAUAUAGAUUCUUAUGAUUGGGAUGUUUUGAAGGCAUUUCUGGAGGCUGGAGUUCGUGCUGACAUCUUUAGUAUGGAAUAUAAUCCUGUAUACCCCCCAGGUAUCCAUUAUCACAUGAACUAUACUGAUGGUUUCAAGUGGACAUUUCUCUCAAAAAGGCCAAAGGAAAAGCAAAUAUUAUACGGGGCUUCGUUGCGUGCCUGGUAUGACUUACUUGAACCAUAUGGCUACACCCUUAUCGAUGCUGAUUGGUACAACACGAUGUUUGUGAGGGAUAAAUAUGUGGACAUCUUUGGUCCAAUACCAACAGAUGUAGAAACUGUUUGGCGAAAUGGGUGGUUCGAACGUCCAGGGAGACACACUCAAAAAGACUUAGUAACAAAGUAUUGGUUAAAUUACCCAAGACAAGAAGUAUGGGCAACUAUGGAUACAUCUGAAGUAAUAGAAGAAAUAAAAAGGCUAGAAAAACUCUAAAUUAUCAACAUAAACGAGGAAACAAUAGCAAAUAUAUACACUUUUUGACCUUUUUAAAACAUAGUCUAACAGCAAUGUUUCGAAUAAAUGGGAAUCGCGAGAUGAAGAAAUUCUCCCUAUGAUCGUAAACCAAAACAAGGCGAGGUGACUUUGUACACUGCAAUAAAAAUAAUGUUUUCGUACGAGUCAAUGCGUUUUGUAUUCAAGGAGCUGUCUAAAUUGCAAGCUUAUAUGUUUGCUAUUCACAUAAAAAAUACAUUGCAACCAACGACAUGAACUGACCCGGAAAGGGUCUCAAAUUUCGAAAUACACCACCCCUGUUCGGAAAAAAACGACAUUCGCGUUGUGAGAACCGUGGAACUGAUGACCGUGUUAGUGGACUUGGUGGAAGUCUAGGUGGCCUGUAACUGAUGACUUCGGUACACAAGUUUGCAAUUAGACACAGCGAUAUCUUUUGUAGCUGAAUCCAUUUUUGCACAGGCUAUAGACCGAUAU